AUGCCGAAGAAAUCGCGCGGUUUGGAAGACCUGUUCGCACAGACCUGCGAGGCGUGUUAUGGAUACUUCGACACCACGCAAGGCUUAAUGGCUCACCAGUCAACCAGCCGCCAAUGUCGCUGGUACAAGAAAGGAAAGCUGCGGGAAAUCUUCGUGGAUUCGGAGGACUCUAGCAGCGAGAAUGAAGUGCGAGAAGAUCUGAGCCAGGACCAGACCGAGGAUGAGGGCGAAUACGAGGACGAAGACGAAGCACAAGACCUCAUCUUUGUGCCUACCGCCGGGCCGAGUCGCACUGCAAGAACUGCAGAGUCCUCGUCAGCACCAGCACGACGCACAGCCAUCGCGCUGGAUGAUGACGAUGACACCCGAGUCGAGGUCGUGGAUCAGAAAGCUGGGGCGGUGAGAGGAGAGGGACAAACCGUUCAAGAAGCCUGGCGACACCAUCUUGCAAAGAGGAAAGAUAAGGACAGGCAAAGAUGCGCAGGCAACUGUCAUACAAAUACUGACUUGCUUACCGUAGACGAGGACGACCCUCCUAAAUCACUAUGGGAGCCGUUCGAAUCCGAAACGGACUGGGAGAUCGCCUCCUGGUGUAUCAAGGAGGGUAUCAGUCAGGGUGCUGUUGAUAGGUUUCUGGAUAUACCUUCGGUCAGGGAGAAACUGGGACUCUCGUACCAUAACACGAGAGCCCUUCUGCAAAAGGUCGACUCCCUGCCGGAGCGUGCACGGUGGAAGGAGCACUGGCUUUCGUUCAAGGAUCGACCAGGCGAACGGCAUCUGCUGCAGUUCAGAUGCAUCAUCGAAGCCAUCAAGGCUCUACUCGGAAAUCCAGCUCACUCCGACCACAUUGUUUACCGGCCGAGUUGGAUGUUUUCGGAUGCAACGAAGCAGAACCGCAUCUAUUCUGAGAUGUGGACAGGGAAGUGGUGGCACGCCGUACAAGUGAGUCUCAUACUGCUUAGUCAAAGACAAUUACUAACGUCACCGUGA